AUGCUGACAAUACUUGCCCACAGAGACCCUUUGCCCGCUAUCGGUUUUCUCGGCAAGGACGGUUCGGGGUUCACGCCCAAACACCCGGCCGCAUCGCCCACCCCUCUCCUGAGUCCGAACAACAUGUACGCCGGACAACCGCUACCGUAUUCCUAUGCCCCUGCGACCAGCGUGCCCUCACAACCCGGGUACAUCUCGCCGUCCGAGUCGCGCCGCACACUGGAGGACGAGAAGGACAAGACCACUCCCCGGCAGUCCCUCCCAUCCAUCCACGAGGCCCUGGGCAACGACUCGGCCCUCCCAUACCCUGCUCCGACCUCUGCGCCGCAAUCGCAACCGGGACAUACCGCGCCGCCAUCACAUCUCAUCGGGCGCUCCGGCGCAGAAGGCCCACCGGGGCCUCCAAACCCGUUCUCAUCAAAUGGCCCGCCCGCCGGGUCGUUGAUGCGGGAGUCGGGCUACCCUCAUCAGAAUCCGCUUCAGGUCGAGGCCACGGGCAAGUCGCCGACCCAGAGCGCCAAAACUGGCAUCACCUCGGUCUCGGGCUCCCAGAACUCCUCCGCCUACGAUUACAGCGCCCCUCCGUCCGCCGGCAGCGUUGCCUCUCCCAACGGCUACAGCCAUUUCCCGCCCAACUACUCCUUCCCUCCCUCCCAGCCGGGUGGUCCGUCAUACCCUCCGGCGCAUUACGACGGUCGAUACAUGGGCGCGCCGCGCGUGGAUGAAGUCAAGGGUGGAUUCGUGACCCGUCCGAUACCGGGUCAGCCCCAUAGCGACUCAGUGAAACGACAUCUGGAUGUUUACGAUGUGGAAACGUCACUCAAUGAGAUCGCCGAGAUGAGCACACGAACAUUGGACUUUUCACGGCAUUACGCUGCCCGAGCACACCAGACGCAACGGUCUGGGCCGGUCAUGGGGUCGCUUCCCUCGUUGAACGAAGUGGAGGACAUGCUCCAUAUGCAGCGUCGGAACCAAGAUGCGUUGAUCCGGAUACGGACGGCGGUCGUGAACCAGGAACAGGCGCUGGCGGAACAGAUGGCUCAACGCAAGGCGUUUAAGCCCGAGGACGAGCACAUGGCGCUCUACCAAGAAGACUUCAAGGGCACCGGUGGGUUUGCCGGGGCCGACUCGAAGAAACGGCGUGGAAAGGCGGCCCCUCCUGGUCGUUGCCACAGCUGUAACCGAGCCGAGACGCCAGAAUGGCGUCGGGGUCCAGAUGGUGCCCGAACGCUGUGUAACGCGUGCGGGCUGCACUACGCCAAGCUGACCCGCAAGAUGGGUGCCAACAAGGCGUCGAACCUGGGAUCGAACCUGAAGCCCAAGUCGGUCCUCGACUCCUCAUCGCCAACCAGUCAUUAA